GUCACCAACAUGUACAUCUUAAACCUGGCAGUGGCCGACGAACUGUACAUCCUGGGACUUCCAUUUCUCACCACCCACAACGUGCUUGCCUACUGGCCGUUUGGCAACUUCCUCUGUCGUAUUCUGAUGUGGGCAGACUCCAUCAGUCAAUUUACUAGCACAUUCUGUCUGACAGUAAUGAGCAUUGAUCGCUAUAUGGCUGUGGUACAUCCUAUCCGCAGCACGAGGUGGCGGCGACCCAGUGUUGCCAAGGUGAUAAAUAGCAUGGUAUGGGCACUGUCCUGCUUGCUGACGCUGCCAGUCAUCAUUUACUGUGAUGUUCAACCGGAGCUCAACACCUGCAACCUGAGUUGGCCUGAACCGCGUGAUGUGUGGUCGACUGCUUUCAUCCUCUACACUGCCAUACUAGGAUUCUUCUGCCCACUUCUGGUCAUCUGUCUGUGUUACCUGCUCAUUGUAAUCAAGGUAAAGUCCGCCAGUGCACGAGCGGGUCUCUCCAAACGCCGUAAGUCUGAGAAGAAAGUGACAAGAAUGGUGGUGAUCAUCGUGGUGGUGUUCGUCCUGUGCUGGCUGCCAUUUUUCAUACUUAACAUCCUCAACCUGAUCAGCACACUCCCGGAGAACGGCCUCGUCACCGGCAUCUACUUUCUCACCGUCAUCCUAACUUACGUCAACAGCUGCGCCAAUCCGCUGCUCUACGGGUUUCUGUCGGACAACUUCAAGCGGAGCUUCAAGCAAGUGCUGUGCAUCCACAGGGUCAACGGGGUCCGCGAGGUUCACCCUGGUCACGCGCGACUCAGCAGGAACCAACAGAAUGAGCCCUUCUUCCCUCCAAGGAGCUUUGAUUUCAACGACCAUGUCCAGAGCUAUCAUUCCAUUGGUUUGGGGGCCGAGGCCAGAGCCAAAACGGAAAUCCACCAACCUGAACCACAAGUGUGCAGCCAGUCCAUAUAA